AUGUCCUACCAGUACUCAAGCAACAAAGACUCGGGGUCCGCCUACCGAGACCACCAUCCAUCAUCCGGGCCGGGUCUCAUGCAGGCAUCGACACAAGCCAGCACGACGAGCUCGGAUGGGGUCCCGUCGAAGGAUGGCCUCGGUCCCAAGAUUUGGACGGGAACCCACUUCCUUCCCCGGUUUGUCCGCGCCGCCGAGGUGCCAGGAGAAGGCAUGUGCUAUUUCUACGACGAUGGUAGUCAUUGUAAAACUGUCAUUGAUGGCGAGGCAGUCAACGCCCACUGGGGCGUGACCAAGGCCGGAAAGCCAAGAAAGAGACUGGCGAUUGCGUGUGUCACAUGCAGAGAGAAGAAGAUCAAGUGCGAUCCAGAUUAUCCUCGCUGUGUGCAAUGCGAGAAGUUUGGUCGCAUUUGCAAGUUCAAGAACGCACCACGAGGCGGCCACAACACUUCCCCAUCAACGCCUCCCGCAGAACCAGAAGACAUGCGGCGGUUAGGGGGUACAGCCAACCCGAACGAUAUGCACCGACCCGGUAGUAACUCCAGCGCCUCUGUUUCCCCUCGUACCACGUACCGGCAACCGAGCCCAGAGCCCUCAAUGCCUCACAAGAGGAUGAGACUGGGUUUCGACUCCUACCCCUCGAUUAGAGACGAACCUCCAGCGUCCUUCAGCCGCACGCCGGAGGCGGCCAAGGCAAGCAUCUCCUGGCAGCAUCGCCAGCCUAUUGAGCUUCCUCGUAUUCACGAGGACGUGUUGAACCGAGCAUGGCAAUCAGAUCCGUACGUCUCCGACCCUCCGUCAAUUAACACCGUAAUCUCCUCCUUCUUCGUACACACGGACAGCACCAUGGCCCUUCGUUUUUUGCCCGAGACAGCUUUUAAAUCCUGGGUGAUCGAUAAUGCUCAUACAAAGUCUCCAGAAGACCUGAUGCUCACCUAUAGCAUUCUCGCCGUCGGCGUCGCCUUAUCCGGCGGGCUCAAAAGAGUCGCUCACGAGUACGCUCAAGUUGCCCGCUACGCGCAGCAGCGCGCCGCCUCCGGUCUUCAACUUGUGCAAGCUCGGCUUCUGCUAGCGCUUUACUGCUUGUCCAUAUCGAACCCGAGCGAAGCAAACGACAUGUUGAGUGCGGCAAUCUCGACAGCCACCUACCUGCAGCUGAAUCUAGAACUCGACAAAUCGAUCGAUGCGCAUCUGACGGUGUUCCCUUACGGCUUGAACAGAGCAGGGUAUGCGGAAAGCAGGAGACGGACUUAUUGGGCGUGUUUUGUACUCGAACGACUCAAUGGUAUGUUCCCAAACCGUUUGGGCAUUCUCAACGCCAAAGAUAUCUUCAUCCGGCUGCCGUGCGAAGCGGAAGUAUUCGAAAAGCAAGAAGAGUCACAGGCCCCGUUUUUCUCAGCAAAGCCGCCGUCCAGCUCGUCCAAGCUGGCUCAUACGCCACUGGCGUUAUCAGCUUAUCUUGUCCAGCUGGUCAAUCUCUGGGCGGAGGUCAUGUCUAACACAUAUAGAACCGCCCAGAGCUUCCCUGCGGACGGAGAUACCACCGCCUUCAUUGAAAGCACCGCGGAAAUGUUUGUCGGCUGGCAGGAGUCUCUUCCCGAGCGAUUUACCUACAAUGCCGGCAACAUGGAAUUGGCUGCUCAGGAUGGGACUCUCAGUACAUUCCUUACAGUUCAUCUUCUGUACCACCAUGGUCUGAUCAAGCUCCACCGGCAUAUCUACACCCCAGAGCGCAUCGCCCCGGCGGUGCGACUGCAACAUUUGUGGCGAGUGGAAGAAGAAGCAAGACGAGUGCUGGACAUCACGGGCAUGUUGGAAGUGUUGCUUCAGGCCCGACGAACUCCGUUGAGCGCGCCCCCGUCGUUCAUGAGCCACGUUAUCUUGGAAGCCGCGGACGUACUCACGGCCGAGGGUGCCUUCUCGGAAGCCUCGGUCCUUUUGGAUCGACUGGCUGUUGCGAGCGCCGUGGUCGAUGCCGCGAGUACGGUCUGGGAAGAGGCACGAGCCCAUCGAGUCGCCCUGGAACAUCGACAAGACAAAUUAAAGCUUCUACGAGACAGCCAGCCGGGCGAUGCGCCGUGGGCGGGCGGCAAGGUUUUCGUCAACACAAACGAGGUAAAGGGCAGCAAGCUGCCGUUAGGGAAAUGUUGGCGGAUAGAGGAGCCAAUGGAAACGACGUUUGGUAAAAUUAUGGAUAUUGUAUACACGCGGAGUUAA